AUGUCCUUAUCGUUCCAUGUAGCUAACAAACUUGGAAUACCUUCUACUGGUAACCAUGAUAUCGUCGAUAUCGUUUCUUCACCUCUAAAAGUUAACUGUACAGAACCUAUAUGUGAAGGAGAACUAGCAUCAAUUUAUUGUACUGGUGACAUCCUGAGUAACGCGUGGCGAUUUGGCCUACAGGAUUCGUGCCCCGGAUCGAAGAUGCGUUUCUCGACCGUUCAAGUCAUUGCGAACUUCAAUAAAAAACUUGCUAAGUCGCUGAAUUUCUUGUGGAAUAAGUUAUCGAGAAAAUUUACUGACGACGUUUUCCGUUAUGCUUCGUUUUACCCGAUUGUCCCUGUGAACAAUGCAUUCAUCGUCCCUGGUGGAAAGUUUCAAAUAUUCUUCUACUGGGAUUCGUACUGGAUUCUGAAAGGUGAGGAAUUCUGCCGGCUUGGCUGA